AACUUGUUAGGGUUGUGUUUAACUGUUAGGGUCGUUCAUUCACCUCACCUCUCAAUGGGCAAAAAAUCAAAUCUUACCGGCUUAUCUCGUUUCCUGCCACACGAUUUUCUCACUGAUCCAAACGCUGCUAGCCUUCCAGAGAAAUCACAAAGUCAGAGCAGGCCUGCAAAGAAAUGCAAAACGGAUACCCUUGAUCCUGUUCGCGCAAGAUACGAUGCCACUGCCCUUGUUCCACACUACACCACCGCUCACGAGGUUCCGGAAAACCUUCAGAAAUAUUUUUCGCAACGAAAACGUUACUUUUCUUUAUACGACCAAGGAUGUCUAUUAGAUGAAGAAGGCUGGUAUAGCGUGACACCUGAAAGCAUCGGCGUCCAAAUCGCAGAGCGUUGUCGAUGCGAUACGAUCCUCGAUCCUUUCUGUGGCGUCGGAGGAAAUGCAAUUGCUUUUGCAAAAACCUGCGAGCAUGUCAUUGCUCUGGACAUCUCUCCAAUACGACUCGCUUUGGCUCGUCAUAACGCUGCCAUCUACGGUGUUGCAGACCGCAUUGAGUUUAUACUUGCAGAUUAUAUCUCUUUUGCGAACGCAUAUCUUUCGCGACCACACCAAACGCGCAAGAUUGAUGUUGUCUUCUUGAGUCCCCCUUGGGGUGGCCCAGGAUACAUUUCUCCUUCCGAAACUUCCAAAAACCUUGUCUCUGCUGACGACAAUGCGGACCAGGAUGAUGAACUAGAGACACGCUCACAGUAUAGCCUCUCGAGGAUACAGCCGAUACACGGAGCUGAUCUAUUUCGCCUGACAAAGCGGAUCUCUGAAAAUAUUGCCUACUUCCUUCCCAGAAACACGGACCUGAAUGAAAUAUCCGCCCUAGGCCUGCUCGAAAAAGACGAACGCGCCGCCACCAAUGACGAGUCUCGAAUGAUUGAAGUGGAGGAAGAGUGGAUGGGGUCGAAGUUGAAAGCUCUGACUUGUUAUUUUGGUGGUCUGGUUGCCGGGCAAGAACAUGUAUUCUGACUUCACAUCGCCAGAACUGCAAUGCAAACACAUCCCUUGGCUGCGCAUUCUUGUUGAUGUAUCAAAGUAAGUUGUGCAAAGUGAAGUGAAGUGCAUUACACUUCGAGAUUUCAAUUC